UGGGGGUCUUUGUUAUAUACAAAUAUGAGUAGUGAAUCCAUGAGAGCUUCAAAGAAGAAGGUAUCAUGCAGAAGGCUUGGAGGGUACCUCAGAGAGCAUAAAGGAAGACUAUACAUUAUAAGAAGAUGUGUAGUCAUGCUUCUCUGUUGGCAUGAUUGAAAACUUCCCAAGUAUUAUAUUGUUUAAUUCACGUUUGUGUCUUUGCUCAAAUCGUGGACUAAAACAAACUCAAAGAGUCCUCAGAGCCAUAGCCAAGGAUCCAAGUUCAAGCAUGCAGAAAAAGGGUUAUGUGUUAUGCUCUUUAUUAUUCCCCAUGUAAAUAGCAG